AUGAGUCACGUUGAUCUACCGCUAUCAUCAUCUUCAUCCAUCAAACAACGUUCUGAAAGUGAGCGAGGUAGAAGUGCCACAUUAAAUUCCAUAGACAUAGCAUUUCAUUCUGUUGAUCGAAAUAGAACUGGUCAACAGCACCACGAGAAUGACAACACACUACUAUCAACUACUUCAUCACCACAUUCAAAGCUAGGAAAACAUCAAAGCAGACCACCACGUCCCGAUAUAAAGAGAGCAAGGAGUGCAACUAUGUCGAUGUUACAGGAUAAUACCAGUUUAAACUCAAUCCAAAAUACAGAGAGUCCAACUUGGCUACUAAGUGAUCUAUUGUCUAACUUGUCUGUAUUCAAAGAUAAAAAUGAAUAUUCAAUAGUCGCCAAGGCAAAUGAUUUGGUUAUGCUAUUUCAACAACAUCCUAACUUAAAACAUGACGUACAAAUCAAGGCUGUGUUACCAAGAAUACAAUUUAUGUUGAACCACCCAACUUCUGAAGUUCGAAGUUCAUGCUAUAGGAUAAUUCGAUACUUGAUUGUUAAUUACGAAAGUUUGAUGAUAUUGGUGCAACAGAAAUUAUUAAUUUAUAUUAUUAUCAGUUUAUCGAACACGCGGAAUGUGUCAUUGAUCGAAAUGGAACAAAGUUUGAAAUUGAUUCGAGAGUUUUUGACUGUUGAUAAAGGUUCAGAUUUAUUGUCGGUUGGGGUCAUCAAGACUUUAAUUACUAUAGUUGAAGAGAAUGGCGAUAGUAGUAACAAUGGGUUUGGAAAUAUAAAUGGAAUUAAUGAUCAGGACAGAAUUAUAACGAAAAGGAUAGAGAGCAUUCCUGAAAGUUUUAAAAAUGCAUGCCUAGAAACCAUUUGCGAAAUAACAUUAUUGAAUCCAGAAUUAAUUUGUCAUUCUGGUGGAUUUAAGUUGAUUAUUAAUUCAAUUUUAGACAAACCAGUCGAAAUUGGUUCAACUUGUUUGAUGAUUGUUUUAAAGUUGUUAGAUUUUGAAAAUUCAAGAAAAUUUGUUCGGAAUGGAUUUGAUUUAGAUUCAUUGAUCUCAAUCUAUUCAAAUUUAAGUGACCAUGACGAUGAGACCAACCUUGACAAUAAUUCAACCAGAAUAAGAAAAACAUCCAAUUAUAAACUUCAAAAAAUAUCAUUCUUGAUAUCGACUUUAUUAAAAAAUUUCAAUGGGAUAAUUGCAUACCUGAUCAAUGACUUUACAAGCAUUAAAAAUCUUCUUAUGAAUUUGCAGAAAAAGAAUACCAAAGUACGAGAAUCGAUUUUAGAUUUGUUAUUGGAUGCUUUAAUGAUCCAAAGCUUUCCUUGGUUGAAAAACUCACCCAUUGGAGAUUCAAUAAUGAGAUAUAAUGAGUUAUUUAACGAUGGCUAUCAAUUCAAAUUUGAGUUCAAACCAAUAGACGAUGAAUUCAGCAAAAACAUAUUACACCAUCAUCAAGGACUCCUAACGUUGAUACUUAUAAAAAAUGGCAUUUUUAAACAUUUAACUCAGAUAAUUGAAGAAAAUCGUGGGAUAGACAUCCCAUCACGCAGCAUUGAACAUAAACGAGCAACUAUGUUAUUGACAAAUUUGUAUGCAAUGGCAAACAACUAUUUGCCCGCCGAAUUAAUUGGUGAAAAACUGUUACUCCCUGAUUUAUCUUUAUGUGCUUCAUUUGAAAUUUUCAAUGAAACAAGACAUGAAUUUCGUCCUACACCAGAGUACAAUCAACACGUGAAAUCAAGCAUUAAACAACUUAAUAUACAGGCAAAAUAUAACAUUGAUGAUAACACCUUCAAAACUAUGGUUAGUAAUAGUAAGAUACUAGCAGUUAAAGAGUUUGAAGACUGGAAUUGGCAAUUGCUAUUAACUUUAAUCCAAGGCCCCUUAGGUAAUCCAAAAAGAUUUGAUGAAGUUUUAGAAAAAGUUCCAAAAUUUUUCAAAAGAUUAUUGUCAUUUUAUCGGCCAUUUAAAUAUCGGUUUUCCACAGUAUCUCUAACAAAAGAUAAAAAUAGUUUCAAAUACAUUAACAUUGGUUGUCAAUUGAUUGAAUUAUUUUUAAGUUUAGACAAUGGUAUCAAGUACCUAAGCAAAUCUAAAUUAUUACCUCAAAUUUCCGAGAUAGUGGCACAAAUUGACCCCUUUAGUGGGAUAACCUCAAAGGACCCAAUUUUGAGCGAAAAGAGACUUGAAACAACGGCGUCAGUGGGAUAUUUGAGAUUUAUUGGUGUUUUAAGUAGUCAUAGCCUGGGAAUUCGAAUGUUGGAACAAUGGCAGUUUUUCACACUAUUUUUGAAUAUAAUAUCUUCAAGCACUGAAUCAGAAACUAACAAUUUGUUUAUAUUAACAAUUUUCAAGUAUGCUGAUUUUUCCAUUGAUUCCCCGUUUAGAAAUGUCUUGGAAAUGGCAAUCAGAGUAAGCAACUUUAAAAUCAGAAACUAUAUAUUAAAACACGUAUUACCCCGAUUAAUUAAGACUGAAGAAUGCAGAUUAUUUAUAAUUAGAUUUUUGGUAGAAAAUUUAUAUUGUAUUGGACCAAGUGAAAACGGGAAUGGCGAUGGAGAAAUUGUCACAAAAUCCAUUGAAAUAUUAUAUCAUUAUUAUCAGGAAGACAAUUUUAGUAAUUUGGAUACAUUAAUUCAGUAUCAACCCCUGAUUGAAGUACUACAAAAGUAUCGAUUAGGCAAAAAGUUAUUGAACAACUUUUUAAGAUUUCCUGAAGGGUUCAAAUAUUUGGAACGAUUAGGGUAUUUAGAAGAGAAAUUUAACAAAUUGACACAAGCACAAGAUUUCAAGUAUCUUUACAAAAUCAACUCAAUUAUUCAAUAUCAGUUUUACCCUCACGUAUUUCAUGCUGAUAACAAUUCAAACAAUGCUGAUAAUGACAAUAAUGAUGCCGAUGAUCAGCUUUCGAUUUAUUUUUUAAAGAAUUUACUAUCUACCGAGGAAGGAUUAAACUUUUUCCAAUUUGGUAAAGGUAAAGAAUUCUUACAUUCAAUUUUAUUAUCAACAGAAAUAAUUUUCCAACAAAUUUCUCAAGAUGCAAAAUUUCAUGACAUUGAAAAUCAAGAUGAUGAAGAAGUUAAAUUUUUAAUCAAUGCCGUUAAACAAAACCUUUGGUUGAUAGGAAAUUUGGCCCUUGGAGAAUUUGGAAUUCAAUUAUUAGAUCCAAUGUAUAAUAAUUCAUUAAACGCCAAUAAUAAUUCAAUAAUCAACAUAAUCAUUGACAAUUUUAAAACUUGCUCAAUUUGGCAAAUAAGAGGUAUUUGUUUUUAUGUGUUAGGAAUGAUUGCCAGUACAAUUGAAGGGAUUGAGAUUCUUGAUGAAUUCAAUUGGGUUAGUUGUGUUGAUCAAUAUGGCAAUUGCAAGAGAUUAUCGUACCCAAAAGUUGAAAACUUGGUUGAAAUUUUCAACAUAGAGAUGAGUAAUCCCUAUAGAGAUACAAGAUAUUAUCAUAUUUUCAACAGCAUUCCAGUGGAAGUGACUGAAGCUAAUUCUAACACGAUCAAUGAUGACACGGGUGAUAAUAUUGAGGAAUUGGUCAUUAGUGAUAAUACCGAUAAGCCGCUGGUUGAUGAGAAUGGUGGUGGUGGAGAAACAGAAGACGAUCAAUUCAAAAUUUCAUUACGACGUAAAAUUAUAGUGUUGAUAACAAAUUUACAAGCGGUGUUGUCCAAAAUUGUUAACAAGUCGAUUCGUGAAUUGAAUAAAUUGAGAUCAAUUUAUCCGGAAAUAUUUAAUUCCGACACAGAAUUAUUUCUUGAAAUAAUGAAAUUAAUCGAUAAAGCGAAUUUUUCAUAUCAUCAACGAAGCUUUAUAUUGAACUUGUUUCUAAACAAAGAUACAAAGAUACUUGAGAACUUGAACAAAAAAUAG